AUGCGGCUUCCGCUGCCCACGGACUUCUUCGCACCCGUGCGUCUGUGUCCAUCUGAGGUGCGCGACCUGCAGCAGGUGGAGGCGCGCCUGCUAGCCGCGUACCUGGCCAGCUAUGACGCGCACGCAGACGCAGACGGCGCUGACGCCUGGAAGCUCGUGGGGCAGCGCGCGGGCCGCGAGCUGCCAGCGCUGAGACUCGUCGGCAGCGUGGACGGCACGCUGGAGGACGUUCUGUACGGGGCCAUGUGGCGCUCCGGUCGUGAGCGCGCUGCCAGGGCGCAUUUCACCGGCGACGCCGUGGCUGACGGCGCCGUGCUGUGCUCGGUGGAGGCGCCGUCCACUGCGGAUCCCUUCAGGUCGCUUAGUGUCAAGUGGGCGCUGAAACGCGCGCCUCAUGGCGGCCUGGUGGUCAAGGACCGGGACUUCUGCUACCUGGCGUCCAUGGGCGUCGUGCACUCGCCGAGGACGGGCGUGAAGCUGGGCUACAGGCUGCGCCACUCCAUCACGUUCCCGUCCUGCCCGCCGUUCCAGAAUCACUCGGUGGUCCGGGGCCAGAUCUUCUUGUGCUCCUUCUUCCGGCAGCUACGCAAUGGGAGGGUGGAGGUGUUCCAUGAAGGGACCUACGAUGUCGGCGGGGGCAACGGCACCAUUGGACUGGGGCUGCCCAAGUCCAUUGCGGAGAAGAGCAUUGUAGAGACGCUGUUGGCACUGGCGGACGUUAGAUCCUGCGCGCUGGCCAAAAAGCUGGCUCGCGCUGUGGAGAACACGGAGGCGGAGCGCGCGCUUGCCUCGCUGUCAUCCACUUCAGUACAGGAGUCGUUGGAUGGAGAGAGGCGCUGUGGAAUGUGUUUGCGCCGCCUGGGCAGUGCUCUCAAGCGCCACUGCGCGGCGUGCCACCAGUGGACAUGCUCUCAGUGCAGUGUACGGCAGGAAACUGUACCGUCAGCUAGGGUCACGUGGGCCGCGGGGCCUGUAUCAGCGCGCUGCUUCUGCAAGGCUUGUGUAGCGAAAAUCCUCCACGAAGAGGCCACGCAGUACGCGGCUCGGGACGCAAGCGGGAACGACUACGAGGUGACAAGUGGGCGGUGGGGUCAUGACGAUAUUCCAGAGGAAGAGGAAGACGAGGAGGAGCUGGUGCGUCUGCCGGGUCGCCGACACUCGAUGCACAGACUCAUGACCGUGGCGACGACUUUCCCCAGUAGCAACGAGUACGGCCCUCGCACUUCGGUGUCUCGCUUAUCUGCCAAGCAAAUGUCCGUGGAAAGCGAAGCCAUGAACACGGUCAACAGCUCGCCCCCUGACAUCCGCCGUCGGCGUAGCGCUACGCUGGCUGCGGUGCCUACCUCACCGGACGGACGGCAGCAGCUCAACAGCAGUCAAUCUCGUCGUCGACCGAGCAUGAAUGCUCCUGAUAUCCUGCUACGUAGCGAUGUUGGGAGGCGGAAUUGGGCGUCUUCGACCUCGGCGCUGUCUCUUCAAUCACCGCAGCGACACAUCGAUGGCUCGCCGGUUGUGAACAUUACUCGGCGCCGGCGGUCAGGAAGUGUGUCGCCUUCGGUGCGCCGAGUCAGCUUCGGCAGCAGCUGCAGCUCGGGCGGCAAGAGUGACGAAGUGCGCGUGCGGAUCAUCACGCCCAAGCGGAGCCAGCCGGCCGCUGCGUACACGCCGUACUUUGCGUCGGCGGGGGUGUCGUCGCGAAGGGAAUCCGACCCGCCGUCGAUUCGGACGGUGCACAACCGAUUCUUCCGGGAACUCUACAGCGACCGAGGGCGGAAUGGAAAUUAG